AUGAAGAGAUACAGCAAUAGACUAUCAAUCUAUCAUGGCACAGUUUCACUGCCAAAAGUGACCUUCUAUCGGCUGAAUAUAUUUACUCUGGAAAUCAUUCUCUUUUGUGCCUCAUCAGGUGGUAAUUCGGCAACGAAUCAAUCCUCGCUUGGUAGACAGUCAUCUUAUGCCAGUGAAUCGGUUCAACCGCAUGUAAAAGCACCGAGAAAAGUUUCCAAGGCUGCGGUACUACGUGAUGCUGCUUGGCUGAUCCGUUGGCAACGAGCAAAUCGGCACUCUCUCGACGAGAAGAUUGCGGCGCUGAAGCGUCAAGUUGCAGAGCUUCAGGAAUCGAUCCGGUGA